AUGCCUUUGCACAAAUUUCCGACCUUCAUCUCUUCCUUUCAACCCUCAAUCUACCACAAAACGAUAAAGAAUGAGCGCUGCACGCAACCGCGACCUCUGUCGCUUUUCUUCGCCGCCGCUGUGGACCGCUACUACGCAUUCAACUACUGUGGGACGCAGCUCCCGUCAAGUGGCUACGCCAAUCUGGCGAUUCAUCUCAAGAACAAGCACCCUGGUUACGUUGCUGACAACGAAUCCCAACAGAGCAGACAGGCUGGAUAG